GCUGUGUUUGUCUCCUUCUUUCUCUCUGCGGCGCGGCCCCGGCUUGGACUCGCUUGUCCGCGACACGAGGCUAGAGAGAGAGGGUGAGGGUGGUGGUGGUGGUGGUGGCUGCAAGGUUUGCAAACCGCGUUGCAUUAGGUCGCGCUCGGUUGGACUGUUCUGUGAGCUACUUCUCCUAUAUCUAAUCCUCCUCCCGAAUCGUCAACCGAGUUUGGUGGUGAGGUAGCUGCAGCCAGGGAGCGGCGCAUUGCGUGCGAGGGAGGGAGGGGUGGGAGUGAUGAGGGCGGGAGGAGGAGGCAGCGGGACUACGCCGGUGCGGCCGCGAUGGGGGUCUGGUGUGACGACGCCGCGGUCGCUGAGCACGGGCUCGUCGCCGCGCGGGUCGGACCGGAGCUCCGACGACGGGGAGGAGCUGGUCGAGGUGACGCUCGACCUGCAGGAGGACGACACCAUUGUGCUGAGGAGCGUCGAGCCGGCGGCGGGGGCGGUUGCGGCGGUGGCGUCGACGGGAGCGUCGCCGUCGUCGGUGGUGGCGCCGCCGCCGCCGGGCGGGGUGGCAUCGAGGUCGAGGUCGCCGGCGAUGCGGCGGACGUCGUCGCACCGGCUGCUGCAGUUCUCGCAGGAGCUCAAGGCCGAGGCCUUUGCCCGCGCGCGCCAGUUCUCGCAGGACCUCACCAAGCGCUUCACGCGCACCCAGAGCCGCCAGAAUCUCGCUGAGCCCUCCGCCGCCCAGUCGGGCAUCGAGUCCGCCCUCGCGGCCCGCGCCGAGCGCCGUCAGCGCGCGCAGCUCGACCGCACUAAGUCCGGCGCGCAGCGGGCGAUCCGCGGCCUCCGCUUCAUCAGCGGCCCCAACAAGGCCAGCAACGCGUGGAUCGAAGUCCAGGCCAACUUCGACCGCCUCGCCCGCGACGGCUACCUCUCCCGCGACGAUUUCCCGCAAUGCAUAGGGAUGACGGAGUCGUCGGAGUUCGCCAUGGAGCUGUUCGACACCUUGAGCCGUCGGCGGCAGAUGCAGGUAGACAAGAUCAACAAAGAGGAACUGCGCGAGAUCUGGCAGCAGAUCACCGACAACAGCUUCGACUCGCGCCUCCAGAUCUUCUUCGAUAUGGUGGAUAAGAACGCAGAUGGUCAUAUCACGGAGGCCGAGGUGAAAGAGAUUAUUAUGUUAAGUGCUUCUGCUAAUAAGCUGUCAAGGCUCAAGGAGCAAGCAGAAGAAUAUGCGGCCUUAAUCAUGGAAGAACUUGAUCCCGAACAGCUUGGCUACAUUGAGCUCUGGCAAUUGGAGACUUUGCUAUUACAGAAGGAUACCUAUGUGAACUAUAGCCAAGCAUUGAGCUACACAAGCCAGGCGCUAAGUCAGAACCUUGCUCUUAGGAAAAGGAGCCCAAUCCGGAAAAUAAGCACCAAAUUAAGCUACUAUCUUGAGGACAAUUGGAAACGCCUGUGGGUACUUGCACUGUGGAUUGGGAUUAUGGCUGGGUUGUUCAUUUGGAAAUUCAUACAAUACCGCAACCGAUAUGUCUUUAAUGUGAUGGGCUACUGCGUAACAACGGCAAAGGGGGCUGCUGAGACUCUUAAGCUGAAUAUGGCUAUGAUCCUCCUGCCAGUAUGCCGCAACACAAUCACUUGGUUGAGGAAUACGAGGGCUGCACGGGCAUUGCCGUUCGAUGACAACAUCAAUUUCCACAAGACAAUUGCAGCAGCAAUCGUGGUUGGUGUUAUCCUUCAUGGAGGGCUCCACCUUGUAUGUGAUUUUCCAAGGCUGAUAAAUUCAUCGGAGGAGAAAUAUGCUCCACUGGGAAAGUAUUUUGGUGAAGUUAAGCCAACAUAUUUGACUCUGGUCAAAGGAGUGGAGGGCAUAACUGGGGUAAUCAUGCUUGUGUGCAUGAUUAUUGCUUUUACUCUUGCAACCAGGUGGUUCCGCCGUAGCCUGGUGAAGCUUCCAAAGCCAUUUGACAAAUUAACUGGUUUCAACGCUUUCUGGUAUUCUCAUCAUCUGUUCAUCAUUGUGUACAUAUCACUCGUAAUUCAUGGAGAGUUCCUAUACCUUAUCCGCAAAUGGUACAAAAGGACGACAUGGAUGUAUCUUGCUGUGCCUGUUGGUUUGUAUGUAGGGGAGAGGACACUGAGGUUUUUCAGGUCUGGCAGUUAUUCUGUCCGUCUGUUGAAGGUGGCCAUAUAUCCUGGUAAUGUUUUGACACUGCAGAUGUCUAAGCCUCCCACAUUCCGUUACAAGAGCGGGCAAUAUAUGUUUGUUCAAUGUCCAGCUGUUUCACCCUUUGAAUGGCAUCCCUUCUCAAUAACUUCGGCACCUGGGGAUGACUAUCUCAGCAUUCAUGUUCGGCAACUUGGUGACUGGACACGGGAGCUCAAGAGGGUGUUCUCAGCUGCUUGUGAGCCACCAGUCGGUGGGAAAAGUGGUCUCCUUAGAGCAGAUGAGACUACCAAGAAAGCCUUACCGAAACUGUUGAUUGAUGGUCCAUAUGGUUCUCCUGCUCAAGACUACAGCAAGUAUGAUGUUUUGCUGCUUGUUGGAUUAGGAAUUGGUGCUACACCAUUUAUCAGCAUAUUGAAAGAUCUUAUUAACAGUAUCAUAAAAAUGGAGGAAGAAGAAGAAGCUUCAGGUGAUCUCUACCCACCAAUUGGACGUAAUAAAGCACAUGUUGAUCUUGACACCCUUAUGAGGAUAACCUCGAAACCAAAGAGGGUUUUUAAGACGACAAAUGCUUACUUUUAUUGGGUGACACGUGAACAAGGCUCUUUUGAUUGGUUUAAAGGAGUCAUGAAUGAGAUCGCUGAACUAGAUCAAAGGAAUAUUAUUGAGAUGCACAACUACCUCACAAGUGUCUAUGAGGAAGGGGAUGCUCGGUCAGCACUUAUUACUAUGCUGCAAGCUCUAAACCAUGCCAAGAACGGUGUUGAUAUAGUAUCUGGAACUAAAGUCCGGACACAUUUUGCGAGGCCAAAUUUUAAGAAGGUCCUUUCUAAGAUUGCCUCCAAACAUCCUUAUGCCAAAAUAGGAGUAUUCUACUGUGGGGCUCCAGUUCUGGCACAGGAAUUAGGCGAUCUUUGCCAUGACUUCAAUGACAGAUGUACAUCAAAAUUUGAGUUUCACAAGGAGCAUUUCUAAAAUCAGGUAAAUGCCAAAUAGGGAAAUAAUAGAAGAUUGUGCUACUUGUAUGACACAUUUUGUUUUACACGAUGCCUUGUUCACAAUGGAAUUAAGAUAGCAAGGGAGAGAAGCAUACAGGUGUUAUCACACCACACCUUCCUGGCCACUGCCAGUUAUCACUGUACACUUCUUGCUUGAGAUGCUAAGAGGAUACAAUAAGAGUGCCAAGAUAAGAGUUUGCGGAUCAUCUGAUACAAUACAAGACAUUGAUCUUGGGAUUCAGAAAAGCACCCAAGUGCAUCAGCGAGGGGAUUGCCCUCUAUAACAUGUUGAUCUGGAUAUGGUUUCAACUAAAGCUGGGUGUUGUAGGACAUAGAAGGCUACCAUGAGCACAAGGCUAAUUAAUUGUAUAUUGCGUGCAGCUGAGUGGUCAGGCUACAGGAUUUGCUCUAACUUUGUAAUUAUAUACAGAGACGGAAAAACAAACAGAUAUAGUGCGAUUUUUGUAAGUAGUGUAGGAUGUUAGUGAUUGGGUCCAGAUUGGUGGCUCGGAUUACAUUCAAGCUUGUUUUUUGUUGUGCGGGAGUGUACAACGUGCAUUGUUUUAGGGAUGGUGUUACACAUACGAAUGAUGUAAUUCUUGUAGCGAAGCCCUUCUUGUUACUUUGAA